AACAUUUUGACUCCUAAGACAAUCACAACUGAAACUCUUACAGACAUCACAACUGUAGCUCCUAUGCCCCCCACAAUUGCAACUUCAACUGUAGCAUCACCCACAACAACAACUGCAGAUUCUUCCACAACCACAGGUGCAGCACCUACUACAUCAAUCACAACUGCAGUUCCUACUACCAUUUUGACUCCUAAGACAAUCACAACAGAAGCUCCUACAGAAAUCACAACUGUAGCUCUUAUGCCCCCCACAAUUGCAACUUCAAUUACAACUGUAGCAUCACCUACAACAACAACUACAGAUGCUUCCACAACCACAAGUGCAGCACCUACUACAUCAAUCCCAACCGCAGGUCCUACUAUCAUUUUACCUCAAUCGACAACCACAACAACAUCCACUACAACAACUGUAGCUCCUACAAUGUCAAUCUCAACUGCAGGUCCUACUACCAAUUUAACUCCAACGACAACCACAACUGUAGCUCCUACAGACAUCAUAACUGUAGCUCCUAUGCCCCCCACAAUUGCAACUUCAACUACAACUGUUGAAUCACCUACAACAACAACUACAGAUGCUUCCACAACCACAAGUGCAGCACCUACUACAUCAAUCCCAACUGCAGGUCCUACUACCAUUUUGACUCCUAAGACAAUCACAACUGAAGCUCCUACAGAAAUCACAACUGUAGCUUUUAUGACCCCCACAAUUGCAGCUUCUACUUCAACAACUGUUGCUCCCACGACCACAACUGCAGCAGCUCCUAUAACAACAACUGUAGAUGCUUCCAUAAACACAACAGCAGCACCUACUACGUCAAUCACAACUGCAGGUCCUACUAACAUUUUAACUCCAACGACAAGCACAACUGAGGCUCCUUCAGACGUCACUACUGUUGCUCCUUUGAACCCCACAAUUGCAGCUUCUUCUUCAACAACUGUAGCUCCCACGGUCACUACAACUGCAGAAGCUCCUAGAACAACAACUGCAGCUGCUUCUACAUUUACUACUGCAUCACCUACUGCAACCACAACAGAAGCUCCUUCUACAACAAAUGUAGCACCAAUGACUUUAGGAACAACAGUCCCAACGACAACUGCAGCUAAUUCCUCAACUGUAGCUCCUUCAAUGCCAAUCCCAACUGCAGCUCCUACAACAACAACUCUUGCUCCUACAACCUCUACAACUUCAGCACCCACUACAUUAUUCACAACUGCAGGUCCUACUACAAUUUUACCUCCUUCGACAACCACAACAACAUCCACUACAACAACUGUAGCUCCUACAAUGUCAAUCUCAACUGCAGGUCCUACUACCAAUUUAACUCCAACGACAACCACAACUGAAGCUCUUACAGACAUCACAACUCUAGCUCCUAUGCCCCCCACAAUCGCAACUUCAACUGUAGCAUCACCUACAACAACAACUGCAGAUGCUAAUACAACCACAGGUGCAGCACCUACUACAUCAAUCACAACUGCAGGUCCUACUACCAUUUUGACUCCUAAGACAAUCACAACUGAAACUCUUACAGACAUCACAACUGUAGCUCCUAUGCCCCCCACAAUUGCAACUUCAACUGUAGCAUCACCCACAACAACAACUGCAGAUGCUUCCACAACCACAGGUGCAGCACCUACUACAUCAAUCACAACUGCAGUUCCUACUACCAUUUUGACUCCUAAGACAAUCACAACAGAAGCUCCUACAGAAAUCACAACUGUAGCUCUUAUGCCCCCCACAAUUGCAACUUCAAUUACAACUGUAGCAUCACCUACAACAACAACUACAGAUGCUUCCACAACCACAAGUGCAGCACCUACUACAUCAAUCCCAACUGCAGGUCCUACUAUCAUUUUACCUCAAUCGACAACCACAACAACAUCCACUACAACAACUGUAGCUCCUACAAUGUCAAUCUCAACUGCAGGUCCGACUACCAAUUUAACUCCAACCACAACUGUAGCUCCUACAGACAUCAUAACUGUAGCUCCUAUUCCCCCCACAAUUGCAACUUCAACUACAACUGUUGAAUCACCUACAACAACAACUACAGAUGCUUCCACAACCACAAGUGCAGCACCUACUACAUCAAUCCCAACUGCAGGUCCUACUACCAUUUUGACUCCUAAGACAAUCACAACUGAAGCUCCUACAGAAAUCACAACUGUAGCUCUUAUGACCCCCACAAUUGCAGCUUCUACUUCAACAACUGUUGCUCCCACGACCACAACUGCAGCAGCUCCUAUAACAACAACUGUAGAUGCUUCCAUAAACACAACAGCAGCACCUACUACGUCAAUCACAACUGCAGGUUCUACUAACAUUUUAACUCCAACGACAAGCACAACUGAGGCUCCUUCAGACGUCACUACUGUUGCUCCUUUGAACCCCACAAUUGCAGCUUCUUCUUCAACAACUGUAGCUCCUACGACAACAACUGUAGCUGCUUCUACAAUUACUACUGCAUCCCCUACAGCAACCACAACUGUAGCACCAACGACAUCAGCAACAACAUUCCUAACAACAAUUGCAGCUAAUUCCUCAACUGUAGCUCCUUCAAUGCCAAUCACAACUGCAGCUCCUACAACAACAACUCUUGCUCCUACUACCUCUACAACUUCAGCACCCACUACGUCAUUCACAACAGCAGGUCCUACUACCAUUUUUCCUCCUUCGACAACCACAACUGUAUCACCUAUGACAACCACAACAACAUCCACUACAACAACUGUAGCUCCUACAAUGUCAAUCUCAACUGCAGGUCCUACUACCAAUUUAACUCCAAGAACAAACACAACUGAAGCUCCUACAGACAUCACAAGUGUAGCUCCUACGCCCCCCACAAUUGCAACAUCAACUACAACUGUAGCAUCACCUACAACAACAACUGCAGAUGCUUCCACAACCACAGGUGCAGCACCUACUACAUCAAUCACAACUGCAGGUCCUACUACCAUUUUGACUCCUAAGACCAUCACAACUGCAGCUCUUAUGACCCCCACAAUUGCAGCUUCUACUUCAACAACUGUUGCUCCCACGACCACAACUGCAGCAGCUCCUAUAACAACAAUUGUAGCUGCUUCCACAAACAAAACAGCAGCACCUACUACGUCAAUCACAACUGCAGGUCCUACUAACAUUUUACCUCCUUCGACAACCACAACUGUAUCACCUACGACAACCUCAACAACUGUAGCUCCUACAAUGUCAAUCUCAACUGCAGGUCCUACUACCAUUUUACCUCUUACGACAACCACAACUGAAGCUAAUACAGAAAUCACAACUGUAGCUCCUACAACACCAAUCACAACUGCAGGUCCUAAAACCAUAUUAACGACAACCGCCACUGCAACUUCUACUACAACUACAAAUGCAGGUCCUUCAACCACCACAACUGCAGCUCCUACAAGUACAACCACAAUUGCACUUCCUACCUCGACAACCACAACGGCAUCAUUUACCUCAACUUCUACGGCUUCAGUGGCAUCAACUAGAUUUGGCACAGUGGUGGUUUUUGUAAGACUAGAGUUCCAGCUCAACACAGCAGUCCCCAGUAAGGAUGUCGUCCUUGGUGCCGUCGACAAGAAACUGUCUACACAAUUCAGGACCUUCAAAAUUCAAAGAAACACUCAAGCCACCCUCCAGAACGCAACUUAUAUCAAACUUUCAGAUACUUCAUUUGCUGUUGAUCUUGGUUUCAAAAUAACCAAUGUAUCCAUGGAGGAGAGACUGCUUCAAAGUGCUAGAGUCACUUUCACCGAUGAUACCUACAGCCAGAUACAGGAUUCAAUUAACAGCCUACUGCAUGAUAUUCUCAGUGAACCAAACGGCAAACAAUUUGACUUCCCCAAAGCCAAAUUUAGUGUUGUUGGCAAUCAAAUCAGGGCAAACGUGACGUAUGUAUACAAAGAGAAAGACGUCAACCUCCCUAGUGCCUUUCUAGGGGAUGUUUUAAAAGUCUCAGGUCUCCUAACAACCACUGUUGCACCAACAACAACCACCAGCACCUCACCACCUACUACCCCUUUGCUGACCACUCCUUUCAGUAUAAGUGACAGAGGUUUUCCUGGCUGGGCUCUGGCCAUUAUCAUCCCCUGUGGAAUCGCUAUCAUUCUGGUACCCCUGUGGAUCCUGCUAUGUUGCAUGCUAUGUGGCGGCUGUGCAGCUUUAAGGAGACGCUGGCAACAACACAGAGCUUACAACGUACAGUACACCACAAGAAACGGCAUCUUCUGAGGUGACAAGACUAUCAAAAUAACAGCCAAUCAUCUAUAUCUGCUCAUCAUCACAACAAAUAAUAUAUUUUUCAUGUAAUCACGGACUUGCUUUUAUUUUUAUAACAAAAUUGCAUUGUUCUUGAUAGGGUUAAUAGGUCACGUGUUUCCCCAAUGUACUACUUUUUAAUAUUAUACAGUAUUUCUCAUUUUAGUCAAAGCUACAGCUGAGCUGGUAUAUUAUGCAUUUAUGUAAUUGAAUCAUUUAUAUACACAGAAAUAUUAGUUUUGAUUUUUGUCAUUUCCCCUGCUAAUUUAAGCUAUUAAGUCACUAUAUUUGAAAGUCUGCAAUACAGCACUUGUUUCUUUAUCAUACAAUUUAACACAUGUAAUAAAAGCCUUUCAAAUCAACA